AUGGCCCCCCCUCGUACUGAAAAGAGCCAAUUGAAACGUCAAAGAGGUUCUCUGCCGGAAUCAGACCUGGAUGCAAAGAAGCCCCGUCGCUCUGAGAGGCUAUCUGUCGAUAAGACCCCGGUUUCACACAAGCAACACCUUCCCUCGCCCGUCACGAGGGACUCCGACGAGAUUUACAAAGAGCCUACUGCCACACCUCCUGAGGGACGCCCUAGCCAGGUUAACCACCGCGACAAGGAUGACAGCUCGCAGUCGCAAGCCCUCAACAACCUGUCCUCCCCGCCUCAGGAUACCCAGGCCUUCUCCCAAUACCCGGCCGACAACAAGGAUGUUCUCUCUGACGAGGUUGAGGACGAGGUGAAGGAGGGCGUGUGGGGUUACUUGUUUCCGCUCGAUACGAAGUAUGGCAAGUGCUUGGUCAUGAAGAAGAGGGCCGCUUGCCCUAUGCCAGAUAAGCUUGAGGGCAAGGAUGCUGGGCCCGCGAAUCUGAAGGGAAAGUCACCGCUGAAGAAGGAAGAGGAGGCCUAUGAGCGUACAAAGGUGAAAGGGGUUGCCUCGGGUGGCUACUUGAUCGGCCGUCAUCCGGAGUGCGACAUUGUUGUUGAGGACCCAGUUGUGUCGAACAGGCACUGCUUGAUUUUCACUGAAAACAAAGGUGGCGACACCGUAGCUAUCCUAGAGGAUCUGUCGAGCAACGGAACAUUCGUCAACGAAGCCAACGUAGGCCUUGAUCUCAUUGAUUCCAUGCUGGUAGUGGACCCUGAGCGGCGGUUCACGGUUGAUCAGUGCCUCAACCACCCUUGGAUGACGCAAAACCAGCCAGGCGUUAAUGACAGCACCGACGGCCUGGUAGGCGGCAUACAGGGCCUGGAGGUUCACCGGCGUGGUGUUACCCGGGAGAGAACGCUUCUCAGCUCACUAAAUUCCGUACAUGUUACCACUAGAGCUGCUGGCCAAGAAAACCAGAAGCCGGUAAAGAUUUACGCGAAAAAUACGACAAAGAAGACAGGACCUAAGGAGGCCGAUCCUGCUUCGAAGAGAAGCGUAGGUGAAUUUGUGGAGAUGGGCGGCAAAGGAGAUCAGCCCCUUUUUGGUGCCGAUGGCGACAGCAUUUAUUCGAAGGCAGAUAUCGCCGGCGAGAAAAACGGCAAGGAGAUAUAA